CCUCAUUUCCCCAAAUGUGCUAUUUUUUAAAACAUUUUAUUAGAAUUAACCUACAUUUGCACCUACCGAUCACACUUGCUCAACGUGUUGACAAACCAAUUGUUUAACAAUGUUCUCAAGGUUUUCCCACUGUUGAUCAUCAGGUUCAGCAAUAUUUAAUCCCAGGAUUCUGCUUUCUCUCCUUCUGAAAAUUGGCAUAAUGUUUGCCCCUGUUACUCGGUGGUACUUCUUUGUUCCACAAUAGCUGUCCGUAAGGGUAAUCGUUUGCAAGUUAAUUCAACACGUCAUGUUGUAAUUUCUAUGGAUCUAAAGAAUUAAAAAAUGCAAGGUGCUCAUUCUUAGAGUGGCUUAACAGUAUGGCACUGAAAUGUCCUCUGGGAAAUCUCCCAGUUUAAAACUGCUCUCUUUUCUGAAGAAGAUUGACUGUAUUUAGCAAAAAAUUUUGUUCCAUAUUUUUCUAUCUUUCACUUCAAGCUUAAGUAAAAUUGAUACUGUUUUUUAUUUUUCCAAAACCUUGGAUCAUGUUGUUUUUCCCAAGCUCCCUGAAAUUAUUUUUCCAAGUAUAUGGUAUUUGUUUUAUUGAAUUUAGGUCAUGUAUUUUUAUAUCAUGUACACACUUCCCAUUUGUGGAAUAAAAUGUUCUUCAAAAUUUGGGGCAUAUGAAAAUACUUUCUGUGUAGCCAGGUUUUGUGGUGUAUAGUAAAAGACAAAAGAUUGAGAUUAAAAGGAUAGAAGAAUGAAUCAGAAAAUAGAGAAAUCAGACAAUAAAGGUAAUCAUUGAGGUAUUUAGAAAAAGUCAACCUGCUGGUUAUAUCAGAAUGAUUUUCAUGUGGAAACCCAGAAGAACAUGGGCAAUAUCAAACAAUAGUGAAAACAGUACUAUGGUGAAAUAGCGACACUGAUAAUCUCUAUAAAACAUUGUCUAGCUAUGUCUAUGGAAAAUCGAUUUUGUUCAAGCAGUCUUUGUUUCUAAACAUGGAAGGUAAAAGCUUCUUUGAGACAUUGUCUUAGUUAAUGUCCACGGAAAUGUAAGAAGCAAAGAAAUUAAAAAACCAAGAUUAUAUUUAGUUACUCUGUCAGUCCGUUAGGUUUUAAAUGAAAAAAUUAUGUGUGGAGAUGAAGGGGCAUUUAUAAUCCAUCUCAGAUAUGACUCAACAGUUCAACAGGAAAAAAUAAAAGAAUACAUUUAUAGUACCUAAAAUAAAACCUAAGGCUGGGAGAAUGAAAAAACUAGUAAACAAAAUCAUGCAGUUGCUUUUGUUGGUUUUAAUGUUGUUCACUAAGAUUGAAGAGCAACACUGGGUAGAUAGAUGUUUUCCUCUUAAAUAUAAAGUCUGGAACUGCAAUUAAAAGAAGGUGAAUUCUUCAAAGGUCAGCAGAGCGAGGGCGGGGAUUUGGGGACCAUGUUUUGAGGGGACUUCUAAGUCAAUUGGCAAAAUAAUUCUAUUAUGAAAACAUUCUGCAUCCCACUUUGAAAUGUGGCAUCUGGGGUCUUAAAUGCUAACAAGCGGCCAUCUAAGAUGCAUCAAUUGGUCUCAACCCACCUGGAGCAAAGGAGAAUAAAGAACACCAAGGUCACACGAUAACUAUGAGCCGAAGAGACAGAAAGGGCCACAUGAACCAGAGACCUACAUCAUCCUGAGACCAGAAGAACUAGAUGGUGCCCAGCCACAACCGAUGACUGCCCUGACAGGCAGCACAACAGAGAACCCCUGAGGGAGCAGGAGAUCAGUGGGAUGCAGACCCCAAAUUCUCACAAAAAGACCAUACUUAAUGGUCUGACUGAGACUAGAGGAAUCCCGGCCAUCAUGGUCCCCAAACCUUCUGUUGGCCCAGGACAGGAACCAUUCCUGAAGAUAACUCAUCAGACAUGAAACGGACUGGACAGUGGGUAGGAGAGAGGUGCUGAUGAAGAGUGAGCUACUUGUAUCAGGUGGACACUUGAGACUGUUGACAUCUCCUGUCUGGAGGGGGGAUGGGAGGAUAGAGUUGGAAGCUGGCAAAAAUGUCACGAAAGAAGAGACUGGAAGGGCUAACUCAUUAGGGGGAGAGCAAGUGGGAGUACAGAGUAAGGUGUAUAUAAUGUGACAGUUUGACUUGAUUUGUAAACGUUCACUUGAAGCUCAAUAAAAGUUAAUAAAAAAAAAAAAAGAAGGUGAAUUCAGGUUGUAAGUAAUGACGGUCAACAUGACUUUGACGUCUGGAAAGGCAAUCUUUUCAGCUACCCAAAAUCUGUCCCUCUGAACAGUCAACUUUCCAAAAAAGUCAGUAUUUUUUUUCUAAAAAGCCAUUAGUCUGAUAAACAUCCACAAAACUGUAGCACUUACAGUUGUUAUGAGUUGUUAUAAGACAACUCCUUUGUUAUCACCCACCAUGAGUAAAAUUUUGCAAGACAAUAAAAAUGAGCUAAUAUGAGAAUAACAAACAGACUAAUAAGGGAGAUGAAAUCAAGCAGUGUGGUAUUCAUGGCUUUUAAAUUAUAGCACAACUGUAAACUGCAUUUCUGGCUUAUUCAGGGGAUAACACAAUAAAGGAAUUGGUGGAAAGUGCUUACCUUUUCACUAAGUGGUGGUAAGCUAAGUUUGGGAUGUGCUAAGUUUGAGAUAUUGACGGGGCCCUAAGGAAGAAAUCUCCUGUAUGAGGUAGGAAAUUUGAGAUUUGAAAUUUAUACAUCUUGAAAAUCAAGAACCUAAGGAUAAGAAAUAAUGCUGUUUUGGAAAGAAUGUGGACAAAUGCACAGGAAAAUAAAAUAUGAAAUGAACAGGCAAGGGGGAGUGAAAUAAGGGAUAAAGAGGUAAAAGAAUAAAAGCAAAUGAGUAAGGAGAAAAAAGCGCCAUUGAAAAACUUGGAAGAUAGGAGUUACAUGAAAAAUGAAGCAAGACAGGAUUGCAUAGAACAAUCUAACAUUUGCUGGUCUCUUCCCCACAGAUAGAGUUCAGACCUUUACAUUGCUGUGAGAGCACUGCCAACCUCUAAUGUGUUUAUCUGAGCAUACAAAUAUCCUUCACCUAACUAGAGUGAAAGGAAACAUUGAGUAAUAUUUCAUUUAAGAAUUCUGUAAAGGAGAGUGCCAGAUGCAAAGAACCCCAUGUUCCUUUCAUCAUGACAUGAGAACAAUAUAUUUUAUGAAUGAAGGGAUAGAUGAAAGAGAGCUGGGGAGAGGAUGAUGGAGGGAGUAAGAGAGACAACUAGGUAGAUAUAGAUACAGUGGUAGAUUAGAUAUAGAUGACUUAACACUUACAUGGAAGCCUUGAUGGCACAGUGGCUAUGCACUUGGCUGCUAACCAAAAGGUCAGGGGUUCAAACUCACCAGCUGCUCCAUGGAAGAAAUAUGUGGCAGAUUGCUUCUGUAAAGAUUACAGCCUUAUUAACCCUCUGGGGCAUUGCUACUCUGUUCUAUAGGGUCACUAGGAGUUGGAAUCAAUUCAACAGCAACACGUUUGUUUGGUUUUCUAACACUUAAACAGAGCUCACCAUGUGAUACAUGAUUGCUAGAUAGGUAGGUGGAUAAAAUUAAUUUAAAAUUUUCAAACAUUUGUACAAAUCCAUAUAAGACUAUUCUUAAUUUUAAAAUGAGGAAAUUGAAACACAGAGAAGUUCAAUGACUUGGCCAAGAAUGAAGUGAUGGAGCCAUAAACUCGGCAGACCACUCCUGAUUUUUCACGCUUAACACUCCACUAUAUGGCAGACAGAUUUGAGAAGCUAGGUAGAUAAAGAAGAGGGAGGGAGGAAGGGAGAGAGAAAUAGAGAUGAGAUAGAGAGAGAGAGAGAUCUUCAUAUAAACAGAUACUUAAAUGAUUAGGUUUCAUAUAGAAGAUCUCAUCAUAUCUAGGGUAUUCCAGCUCAAUGGCCACUGCUGGGGCAGUGUUUAUAUAAAUCAGUCUUCUUUUGUGAAAAUUUCUAAUGAUUUUGAAAAUUAUCUCAACAGCAUAUUGAAGGUUGGAAAUGUUGCCAUGGAGUGACUGAAGCAAAAAAGUCAGGCUUAUCCUUCACAUCUUGUCUCUUUCAUUGCAGCUGUACAUAAGAUAGCAGCCAUGGAAGGAGAAAAAUAUGAGUUCCCCAAAUGCGUACAUCUUGUUGGGCUUCUCAGAUCAUCCGUGGCUAGAGAUGCCCCUCUUUGGAGUGGUCUUAGUCUCCUACAUCCUGACUCCGAUGGGAAACAGCUCCAUCAUCCUUCUCACCCUGCUGGAUCCUAGACUCCAUACUCCUAUGUACUUCUUCCUAGACAAUCUCUCUGCGCUGGACCUCUGUGUCACCACCACCAUUGUACCCCAGCUGCUGGUCAACCUCUGGGGAACAAAAAAGAUGAUUACUUACUGGAGCUGCUUCUCACAGGCCUACCUCAUCCACUGGACAGGAAGCACUGAAUGCAUCCUGCUGGCAGCAAUGGCCUUUGAUCGCUACGUGGCUCUCUGCCAGCCACUCCACCACACUGUCAUCAUGCAUCCCCAGAUGUGUGUGAAGCUGGCAUUUGCCACCUGGUCCAGUGGCUUAGCCAAUUCUCUGCUCCAAGCCACCCUUACCUUUCAACUUCACUGCUGCGGUCACCACACCGUAGACCACUUCUUCUGUGAGGUGCCUGUUCUGAUCAAGCUAGCCUGUGAAGACACCACUGCUAAUGACCUGUCCUUAGCCAUGGGAGCUAUCCCCGUUGCACUGGUAGCUCCAUUUCUUGUGCUGGUCUCCUAUACCUUCCUUGCUAGGGCUGUGCUAAAGUUAUCUUUGGCUGAAGGAAGGCACAAGUUUUUCAGCACCUGCAAUUCCCACGUGGUCGUCGUCACCAUGUAUUAUGGGCCUGCCACCUACCUGUACCUCCAGCCCCCAGCCAAGAGCACCCAGGCCAAAUUCAUGUCCUUCAUCUACUGUAUUAUCACCCCACUUCUGAAUCCACUUAUCUACACCUUAAGAAACAAGGAUGUGAAGAGGGCAUUGAAGAGGAUUCUACAAUUCCAUGGAGGGAUAAAAUCCUAAAAAGUGUAAAAGUCAUAAAAAUCCUGCCUCUUGGAACAGCCACAUGCAAACUUUCAAUGAGUACUGCUGCUUCUGUGCUUCCAAAGGAAUGUCCAAGAACUUCAGGGAAAGAUGCCCCUAUCUCAUCAACCAUCCUGAUGUUUGGGGAAACUCAUCUUAUCAGAAAAUGCUAUCU